AUGUGGUUUUUCAGGAGAAGACUUCCUAAAAUUCCCAGAGCCUUCGUGUGGCUCAUUGUUUUAACACACUUUUGCAUCCUCAUUGCUUAUUUCAACUCCUUCCUUGGCUUGUCAAAGACAAGGAUUUUCAGGCAAUUGAGCAUUUUCCAGCGUGUCCAAGAUAUGCUGCAGUUGGAUCUCCCAGAGCAACAGGGUUUAAACUAUUCUGAUAAUGGGAACUCAAGGAGCUUUUUAAUGGUGACUUUGGGGAGAGAAGUCACAAGGCUCAAACAAGAUAUCGUUGAGAGGACACCAAGAUGGGAAGGAAAAGAGGAACAGAAGAAAAUGGUGGAACCAGUUGCCAGGAUGGAGGAAGCCAAGGAGAACAUGACUUUGAAACUACCCUCAGGGUUGGAGGGAAUCAAUGAGACAACAGUGCAAACAGCCCCUAGGGUGCAGGGAAACAAGGAGGAAGCAGCAGUGAGACCAGCCCCAAGAGUGGAAGAAACCAGGGAAAAGACAACAGGGAAACUACUUCCGAGGGUGGAGGGAGCCAAGGAGAAGGCAACAGUGAAGCCACCCUCUGGGGCAGAGGGAGCUCCUGAAAAGAACAUAUCCAAAGACCAGACAAAGCCAAAAGAGCCUCCUGUGUCUCUGAAAACUCUAAGACCUGUUCCUCAUGCUGCUGCAGUGACAAAAAAGAAACUGAAGGCUGCAGACUUCAAGGCUGAGCCACAGUGGGAUUUUGAGGACGAGUACCUGCUGGACAACUCAUCUCCACCAUUGACCUGCUCUGACUCAGUGAAGGCCAAAGCUGCCAAGUCUGCCUGGCUGCGAGAUCUUUUCCUACCCAACAUCGUGCUCUUCACAGACAAGAGAUACUUCAGUGACAGGGAGUGGGAGCGCCUGGAGCACUUUGCUCCUCCCUAUGGCUUCAUGGAGCUGAAUUAUUCACUGGUGAAGGAGGUCAUGUCCCUGCUGCCCCCGAAUCCCCACCAGCAGCUGCUCCUGGCCAGCAGCAACAGGCCAAAGUGCAUCAGCUGUGCUGUCGUGGGGAAUGGAGGAAUACUGAAUAACUCUGGGAUGGGCCAGGAGAUCGACUCCCAUGACUACGUCUUCCGGGUGAGCGGGGCUGUAAUCAAAGGUUAUGAAAAAGAUGUGGGAACAAAAACCUCCUUUUAUGGAUUCACAGCCUACUCCUUGGUGUCUUCUCUCCAGAUCUUGGGACGCAGAGGGUUCAGCAACAUCCCUCAGGGAAAACACAUCAGAUACAUUCACUUCCUGGAGGGAGCUAGAGACUACGAGUGGAUGAAGGCCCUUCUGCUGAAUCAGAACACCAAGAAAGGAGUCUUGAACCACUAUGGGCAGAGGCCCCGAGAGAGAUUCGAUAAAGAUUUCACAAUGGACAAAUACCUGGUGGUUCACCCUGAUUUCCUCAGAUACAUGAAAAACAGGUUUUUAAAAUCUAAAAGUCUGGAAAAGUCCUACUGGCGGCUGUACAGACCCACAACGGGGGCCUUCCUGCUGCUGACUGCCCUCCAUCUCUGUGACCAGGUGAGUGCCUAUGGGUACAUCACGGAGGGUCACGAGAAGUACUCGGAUCACUACUAUGACAAGGACAAGAAACGUCUCAUCUUCUACAUUAACCACGACUUCAACCUGGAGAAGCAGCUGUGGAAGAAGCUUCACGACGAGAAUAUCAUGAAGCUGUACCAGAGAUCCUGA